GAGCAGCUCUUCAGAAUUCUGGCUGGUACCUGGUCAGGCCCGGAUGCUUUCUUUGAUUGGAUUUCCUCCAGCAAUUUUUUCACACCAUUUGUUGUUAUGUUGAGGGUUGCAAUUUUUGGAGUUAGAUUUGAGUUGAGUGAUGGGAACUGAUUCAGCAAGGUUUUCUUUGGUAAAGACCGAGCAGAACAGUGGUUUAACGCUUCGGCUUUGGGUCGGCUGGUAGAGACACUCACGCCCCAUCGAUAUAAAGGUUGAGAUUCCAAAACUUCAUGAUAAGUUACCCAGAAUGUCAUUCCCACUUCCUUCACAAGAUUCUGUGAAGAUGCAUCAGCCCUUCCCAGGGCGCGGUGGGUAUAGCUCCGUUUGUAACGAGCGAACAUUUAGGCCCGCUGGUCUAAUUCUGGUGCCAUUAGAGGGCGCACUAUUCACCGUCCAUUUUCAAUCACUAGCGGCGUAUUGGGCUAAGACUACGUACGUACACAUACACGUACAUGACGUAGCGUACGCAGUGCAUGCAGUAGGCCUACAGUGCUGAGUUUGGAACAUUUGGGAAGGAAAGUCUUCCGCACCACAGGAUUUCCUCAGUAAGCAUAGAUGCAGAUUGAAAGGACGAGAUGUCAAUAGUAUUUUCAUCAGCGAUUCUUCUAGCUACUUUCCUGCUUACACAAGCACUGCGAGUUACCACACGCAGCAUCCUUCCACAAUCCAUUUAUCAAUAUGUGGCCGAGUUUCUAUGUACAUUUCAACUCACAAGCUGCGUUUAUGAGAAUGGUGUUGUGUUGGGCAGCUAUGGUACCUGGGUCUAUGCCUUUGGGAUAUUCUGCCUUGGAUUGGGAUACAGUCUAACCUUUGAUGCUUAUGGCAACCCGGCGGCUAUGUUGGAGCAGAUUCUGAAAAAGAAAAUCAGCGUUCCUAACGGUGUCCUGAAAAUGGCUGCAGAGGUUGCUGGAGGGUUGCUUGCCUACAGAUACAUGUUGUUUGUAUGGCACAUGUUAGCACCCAGUUCAGCACAUGUCAACCAUGCAGAGAUGGUCAGGACGUCAUGUGUCUCAGCUCUUCAAGUUGAUUUAUUGACGGGAGUUUUGGUAGAGGCUUUAGCCAUGUUUGUGUCCCGUAGUGUUGCAGGCAUGGGGCUAGGGGGCCCUAAAUAUUACACAAUGGUGAAUGCUUUCACUACUGCAGUUGUGGUGGUAUCAGGUCUUGAUUGGACUGGAAUGAUGUUCAACCCUGCCCUGGCUACUGCUCUGACUUACAAUUGCAAAGGUCACCACCUUUAUGAGCACAUUGUAGUCUAUUGGAUAGGCCCUUUUAUCGGCACUAUUCUUAGUAUCUUAGUCUUCAAUUACAUCAUGGAGGAAUACGAACAAGGGCAGAAAUCUUUGGCUGUACAUGCUCAAGACAAGAAUGGCUUAUCAAACAAGGAGAAAACAAAUUGAUACAUGAAUGGUAACGUUAAGUCACACUGAUACUCGUUUCACUGAUGGUAACUGUCAGUUCGAUGUACAUGUAGACAUGUACAUGUAACUCAUAACUUCCCAUAAGCAUACAUGAAAUAGGCAUGCAUGAAAUAUGUCCUUAAAUAUUAUAACACCUCACCCACAGAUUCUGUGUCUUGAUUGGCCGAGAGCGAGUCACAUGUUACUUUCUAAUUUUGCUA